AUGGAUGAGGCAGUAGAUCAGAGAGAUGAAGCAGUUGAUGAAUUGCAUACGGUUCCAGUCAGUGAAGAUGUUGUUGUCGAUUUAUCAUGUUCAGAUCCAAUAGAGUUAGACAUUGAUGGUUCUUCUUCAAUUCCAGUUGAUGAAGAUUUGGUUGAUGUUGUUGUAAGUAACGGGGUUGAAGCUUAUGAGUUGUAUAACAAUUAUGCAUAUAGAGCUGGUUUUAGUGUGAGGAAGGGUAAUCAACGGUGCAAGGUAUAUAGUAAAACAGUCCAAAUGAAGAUGUUUAUGUGUUCUAAAGCUGGUUUUAAGGUUAAGGCAAAUGCUGGUGUUAGGGCAUAUUCAAAAAUUGACAUAAGGACAGGGUGUGGUGCAUGUGUUCAGUUUGACGUGGGUGAGGAUGGGUUGUGGACAGUUACAAAACACGUAAAAGUGCACAACCACGAGUUAUGUGCUGUAGACAAGAGUCAUCUUCUCCGUUCACAUAGAAAUGUGGGUGAUAAUCAGCUGUUAUAUUUAAAAGAUUUGAAGAAGAGUGGUGUUGCAAUGGCAUAUGGUAUUAGGUUUUUGAAACAUCAAGCAGGGGGGUCUCCAUUAAUUGGUUUCACUAAUCGAGAUGCUUAUAAUUCGAUUGCUUCAGAUACAUCAAAGCGUUUGGAUGGAACAGAUUCGAACUCAUUAAUUGAAAUAUUUAGGAAGAGGUAA